UUCACUUCCGGGUGCGCGGCAGCGGGCGCCAUAUUGUCUUGUCCGUGAAGACGGGGAGCGAGAACGGGGGCAGCGCGGCCGCGGAGCGGCGGCACCGGCGGCGGGAGGCGGGGGAGAGCUUGAAAUAUAGACUAUAUAAAGACUUAAAAGAUGUGGGAUCAAGGUGGACAACCUUGGCAGCAAUGGCCUUUGAACCAACAGCAGUGGAUGCAGUCAUUUCAGCACCAGCAAGAUCCGAGCCAAAUUGACUGGGCUGCAUUAGCUCAAGCAUGGAUUGCUCAACGAGAAGCCUCAGGGCAACAGAAUGUAGUGGAACAACAAGGAAUGAUGCCAAACGGACAGGAUAUUUCAGGAAUAGAGUCUGGUCCAAACAACCAUAAUAAUUUUCAGGGGGAUCCCAACUUCAACAGAAUGUGGCAGCCAGAAUGGGGAAUGCCUCACCAACCCCCUCACCCACCUCCAGACCAGCAGUGGAUGACUCCAACCCCAGGUCAAAUGGAAAUUGUUCCUCCAUCUGAAGACAGCAACAGUCAGGACAGUGGGGAAUUUACUCCUGACAACAGGCAUAUAUUUAACCAGAACAAUCACAACUUUGGGGGACCUCCCGAUAACUUUGCAAUGGGGCCAGUGAACCAGUUUGACUAUCAGCAUGGGGCUGCUUUUGGUCCACCUCAAGGUGGAUUUCAUCCACCUUAUUGGCAGCCAGGACCACCAGGACCACCAGGUCCUCCAGCACCUCCUGCACCUACUCAAAAUCGAAGGGAAAGACCCUCAUUCAGAGAUCGGCAGCGUUCACCUAUUGCGAUGCCUGUGAAGCAGGAGCCUCCACAGAUUGAUGCUGUGAAGCGUAGAACUCUGCCUGCCUGGAUUCGAGAGGGCCUGGAAAAGAUGGAAAGAGAAAAACAGAAAAAACUGGAAAAAGAGAGAAUGGAGCAGCAACGUUCACAGAUGUCUAAAAAAGAAAAAAAGGAAAGUGAGGAGGCUGAAGAAGGGGAUGGCCCACGGUUACCUCAGAAAAGUAAAUUUGACAGUGAUGAGGAAGAUGAAGAUGCCGAAAACACAGAAGCUGUAAGUGUUGGGAAAAGCAGCAGGAGUCCAUCCCCAGCUCCUCAAGAGGAGCAAAGUGAACCAGAAAUGACAGAAGAAGAAAAGGAGUAUCAAAUGAUGAUGCUGACAAAAAUGCUGCUGACAGAGAUUCUCUUAGAUGUCACAAAUGAAGAAAUCUAUUAUGUGGCCAAAGAUGUUCACCGUAAAGCAACUAAAGCUCCUGCAAAACAGCUGGCACAGUCCAGUGCACUGGCUUCCCUCACUGGACUCGGUGGACUGGGUGGUUAUGGAUCAGGAGACAGUGAAGAUGAGAGGAGUGACAGAGGCUCUGAGUCAUCUGAUACUGAUGAUGAGGAAUUACGACACAGAAUCAGGCAAAAACAGGAAGCGUUUUGGAGAAAAGAGAGAGAACAGCAACUACUACUAGAAAAACAGCUAGAAGAAGAGAAGCUACAAAAUGAAAAAGUUUCGAAAGAGAUGAGUGAAUUUAUCAACAAAGAACAAAAUAGUAACUCAGCAUCACAGGAGGCAAAAGAAAUUGAAGCAGAUAUGGUUCAUGAAAAGAAAAGAUCUCCAAAUGCAAUCACACCUGAUGUAGAAGUCAAGAAAGAGGGUAAAGACAGGACAGGAAGGAGUGGGUCCAGAAGCUCCAGCAGUGGUAGCACUAGCAGCAAUAGCAGGAGCAGCAGCAGUAGCAGCACAGUAUCUAGUUCAUCCUAUAGCACUAGCUCAGGUAGCAGUCGCAGCUCUUCACGUUCUUCCUCUCCUAAAAGGAAGAAGAGGCACAGUCGCAGUAGGACGCCAUCACAUAAGGUUAGGCGCAGCAGAAGCAGGAGUUACUCCCACAGAAAUAGGAGAGAGAGGAGUAGGAGCAGAGAGAAAAUACGGGAAAGGAGAAGACCUAGUAGAAAUCACAGUGCUGAAAGAGGGGAGAGGCGGAGAAACCGGAGUCCUUCAAGAGAGAAAAGCUGGGAUAGACGUAGAAGCGGUAGCCGCUCACGAGACCGGCGAGCCAACCGUGCAAGCCGCAGCAGAAGCAGGGAGAGACGUAAAGCUGAAGACCAGCGUAGAAGCCCAACUGGAAAUAGGCACAAACAUAAAAGUGAGGGUAAAGAUCAAGACAGGAAGAAGGAGCAGGGCGGAGGUGUAGAUAAAGACAGAAAAAAGAACAGAGAAAGGGAGAGAGAUCAGGAAAAAAGAAAAGAUAAGCCCAAAAAAGAGGAAAAAGAAAGUAAGGCUGGCAAUCAUGAUGACAGUAGAUUAAAGAGAAAAAGAGACAGUGAAAGAACUUUCUCUCGCAGUGAUUCAAUAUGUGUGAAAAUAAUAAGACAGGAUUCCAGACAAGAAAGCAAAAAAAUUACUACCAAAGAUAGCAAAAAGCGGUCAGGCUCUGAAUCUAGUGCGAGAAGUAGUUCUGAAUCACCAGGAAGCAGUAAAGAAAAGAAGGCUAAGAAAUCAAAGCAUAUUCGGUCAUGCUCCAUGGAGAAAUCUCAAAGGUCUGGUAAGAAGGCAAGCCGCAAACACAAGUCUAAGUCACGAUCAAGAUCAACAACUCCUCUUCGUCGUAAACGCUGAGGAAUUUAUGGCACCAGUGCUAUGACGUUUAAAAAUUCCAUGAGUUAUAAAAGGCUUGUCUCAUUAUAGAGGCACAUUGUGGCUAUGUAGGUGAAACCAGAAUCCUUUUUUUAUCUGUACAUAGGUGUAUUUUUUCCAAAUGCUGCUCAGAAUUAAAUACCUAAUAGGAUUUCUUUGUAUUACAUUUUUUCAAGAACGGUAGCGCUUAUUAAGACUAUAAAACAGGCCAUUCUCUUUCAGCUGUAAUGUUCUUAAAAUUACUAUUGAAUGUACUGUGAUGUCAAUAAAGCUCUUUAGUUAAUUUUUGUUUAAAA